CUCAACUUUUCCUUUUGAACCUGCUUCAACAAUCCCGGGAAAAGAGAGAUGGGUUCAUAAAAAAUUACACUCCAACUGCCAGUAAAGCCCGCUGCGACUCCCCCUGUUUCUCCUCUUCUGAAUGCCCUGCUAUGAUUAUGAAGCAGACGGUAAUGGUUUAUGGGAUGGACUUGAUUAAACCGCCCCAGUUGUCUGUAUGUUUGAUGACGGUGCUAAUUCUUUUGCGCUCCGCUGAAUCAGCGGUUUAUAUUCGCUUCCAUCGAGUUCCACCUGCUCGCUCGAGGUUCGCUACGGCUGUUUUCAGCUACUCGAUCACAGGUUCUGAUGGGUCUGCUGGAUGUAACAAGAAUCGUGGAUGUUCCAUUUAUUGUGAGCUUGAUGGGCAAACUCUAGCACCAUGCCCAGUUAAUUCUAUAACAUUGAAAAACUUAACUGAAAAUCAAGAUCACCAUUUCCUUCUUAACGUCACAGCCUCCAAUGGAGAGAGAAACUCGUCUUCCUACAAAUGGUUCAUUGAUACAAUACCUCCAACUGCAUCCAUCAUUACUGAAAAGAGUUACACAAAUGCUGAAACCAUAGCUAUCAAUGUUACAUUUACCGAGGCUUGCACCGGACUGGGUGGCUUCAAGUGUAUGAACUCAUCGACUUGUGAUGUCAUGGUAAAUGGGCCAGCUGGCGUGGAUGCAUCUUCACUACGAGUGAUUGAACACAAUGUCAAGUAUAGCCUUGUUAUUGCUCUCUCACUCAAAAGCACAUAUGGGCGCGUGUUUAUUAAAAUGGCAGAUAAGUUCUGUACAGACCCCGCUGGGAAUCAGUUUGUGAGGUCAAAUGGUUCAGUUGUUGUUGUUCACUUUGAUAGAAGGCCUGUAGGGGCAGAAGUAUGGACAUCUGUUCCGUCCUAUGAAUUGGAGCUUGGUGGGGUCCUACGAACUGUAAUUGCAACUAACAGAGCAGAGGACUUGGAGAUCUUCUUGGAUUUUAGUGAUUGCAUUGUUAACUCAACAGAAGAAAUACUACAUGUAUUACAUUCAAAUUCCGGCAGCUUCGUACCAAUUCAUAGCAAGAGCCAUGGGAACCGCCAAUUUAUUUACAAACUCCAAAAUAUCUCGAGGACUGAGAUAAUCACAGUAAAACUUAAUUCUGCUGCAUUAAUUGGGCGAUCAGGAAGUCCUGUCUCUCCUGUCACACCUGUUGCAUUCCUUUAUGAUGCUACAGAGCCUGUUGUCAGAUUAAGCACAGGAUCCCCAAGAGUUACAAAGAAGUCAAACAUCGAUGUAAUAGCUGAAUUUACAAAACCAGUCUUUAACUUUGAGGCCUCGGCAGUAGAGGUUAGAGGGGGGAAACUGACAAGCUUUAAAGAAAUUUCAAAAGCUCUGUACUCUUUAAGUAUCUUAGCUACAUCCCCAAAUGUGGUCUCAGUUUUCGUUCCAGAAGGCAAAGCAAAAGAUAUCACCGGCAAUCUAAACGUGGCCUCUAACCGACUUGAAGUCAGGCACUAUACGACACCUGCAAUAUCCGUUGCACUCCAUUCAUUUGUAACCGCUGGACUACUAACAACAUCACUAGCAGCUUGUUUGCUUUCACUUGCUUCUGCAAAUCUGGGAGCAAUAGGUGCUUUGAAUAGUGGGACCACCACUUUCAUUGUUUCAGAUCCAUCGAUGAAUCUUCUGGGAAUGGUGGGACACCUACAAAUAUUUGUGUUCUCAGACUGGCUCUCCUUUAGCCUGCCAAUAGAAUACUCUGAAACAACAAAAGGUCUGAGGUGGCUUAUUCCUCGUGAAAAGCUUCCCUGGGUCAAGAAUAGCAAGUCAAUUUGGCCCAGUUAUGAUUCUACAUCUGAAGAUCUUAACAAGCUUCCAAUGAAGUACAGAGGCAUGCCUGAAGGACCCACUCUGCAUGAAAGAAGAGCUCACAACUCAACUAUGUUGAAUUCUGGCAACUUUUCUUCAUAUUUGCAACAUGGAUUGGCAUUAGCACCUGGAAUAGUUCCGGAGGCUGGUGGAUUCCACAGUCAACUGAACGAAAGCAAGAAAAGUGCUUUCUAUGGUCUACCUCUUAGUACUGAUGAAUAUUUUGUUUAUUUCUUGAAAGGAGAACCAACAUCUGCAGUUAAUGUCAUCAAUGAAAUCGAGAUAUAUACAGGAUGGCAAGAUUUAGAGAUGAACUUGUUUUGGCUUGGAGUGGGUGGUGGUGGUUUAGUUGUAGCCCACUUCCUUGUUCUUCUUUUUCUGAGAUGGAGAACUGGAACAUCUGUUCAUGGAAUACUCUCGGCUCCGAGGUUUGAGCUCUUUCUUCUGAUUCUCAUGCUACCUUGCAUCUCCCAAUCAUCAGCCUUUGCUAUCAGAGGUAAGGAAACAAAAUUUAUUUUCAAUUUGGUCAACCAUAUUUCAGAAGAUUUUGUGAACUCAGUCAGAUAUAAUGUUGGCUGCACAGGUGGUACAACUGGGGGAAUCAUUACAGGGGCUUUACUGUUAGCCAUCCCAGCUGCUCUUAUAUUAUCAGUAUGUUUAUUCCUUGUAGUCGCAAUAUUCAUGGGCAAUUUUGUUCAAUACAAAGAAGUAAAGCACAGAGAUGCGAGCAAGCCAUGGUAUGCCAAGGUGCUAAUUUUCCUCGGUGGAAGGCCUGUUACAGGGAAGUGGUUUCACUUGGAAACUGUGCCUUCAUCUUUCCUCCCGAGAUUUGGUUUUCUGUUUGAGGAUCGAAAGGGUCCCCCAGUGUUUGUAUUACUUAAUGUGAAUGACCCAAAUAGCAUGCCCAAGUGGGUUGACAGUGGCCAAAGCGGAAUUGGGAGAAUGAGGGCCAUUAACUCAGAUGACAGCAAUGAAGAAAUUAAUACUUCAACAUCAGAGAGAAUCUUAGGUUGUGCCAGGUCAGCCUAUAUCAUUUUUGAUCUUCUAAGAAGGGUCAGUGUGGGCAUAAUCUCUGGUGCCUACUCAACAAGGGGACCAAGCCGAAGCGUUAUAGCCUUAGCAAUCACACUGCUGCAAUUCGUUUACCUGGUUACUCUCAAACCAUAUAUUAGGAGGGGUGUUCAUGUAGUGGAGAGUGUUUCUCUCUUAUGUGAGAUAGGGGUUUUUGGGUUGUCUACCUAUAUAGAUCACCUGAAUCUGGUUGAAGAGACAAGGACUACGGGCUUUAUCAUGCUGGCUUUCCUGUUCAUUAGCUUUGUUUCUCAGCUCGUGAAUGAGUGGCAUGCUCUAAUAAAAUGUCUUCUGCAAAUCCCCCAAUCAAGAAAGCCUUCUUUCAAGCUUGGUUUGAGAUGCAUUGCAAAGGGUCUUAUCCUGCCUUUCCUGCCAAGGAAGCAUUGGUCUAGACUUGUACCAGGAUCCUCCCAACCCAAAACAGGCCUAGUUACAGUCCUUCCUCUAAGUCCAGAGAGACAAUCGGAAAGAGGUGAUGGCAGAAUGCCAGUCGUUAACCCAUUAGGUGCCAUGAGUGCUACAGUAGUCCCUGUGUUAAGUCCAAGUUCACCUGGCCUUACUAAUAUUCAAGCAACAAGCACAGUGACUGCACCAUCACAUAUCGAGAAGAAAUCAGGUGAAGGGAAGCACUUAAAGGGGCUUAAAUUGGAAUCAAAGGGUGAAAUGAAGAAGCUAAGAGCAUUGGCAAAGGCUAGUUUUUCAGGGGGUCCAAAAGGUGGAGAGAGUAGCAGUAGUAGCUACGCUCUAAGAGGGAAAAGCGUUCCAGAUGGGGCAUCCUACAUAAGUUCUCGAGCUUCAUCUCCAGAUAGUAGACACUGAAACUACAGAUUUAUUAGGCU